GCCCAAACAGCGUCAUGGGAAUUGUUUGGAAAAAACAUCCCCUGGCUCAUGUCCCUGGCAGAAUUGGCAGUAUCCUCACCACCCAAGAGAUUGUCUCUUAAAAUCCUGGUCCAAACUUUAGUGCAUCUGUGGAUGAGAGAGCGUGCUGACUAAGCCCAUUACAUUGAGGAGAUGGUUCUGCUGGUGGCAAUAGCAGAAGUGCUGCUGGUCCUCGGUUUGGCUGUGGAGUCAGACUCUCUCUGCUCACCCACCACGUUUUACAAAAACUGCUGGAUCCGACGCUUCCCAGGUCUUCUGAUUGACCUGCAGGAAUCACAGAAGAGGGGAGCCCAGGUGCUGAAGAUUUAUGCAGAAGUCUCACCCCAACAGUGCAGCAGAACCUGCUGCCUUCUGAGGAAUGUUUCCUGCAAUCUGGCAGUGUUCUACCAUGGAGCUAUUCAUGAGAAUAUGAAUUGCCUACACGUGUCUUGCCCAGCAUUGGAAAGUUGUAUACUAAAGGCUAGAAUCAAUGUCAUUUUGUACAACAUCACAACAGGGAUUGAUCCAGAUCUUCUUAUUUUUGAAAAACUGACAUCCAGAGAGUCAAAUACUCACUCCUCACUGAAUACAUUUGAAAGGCAAAAGAGCACAAAGGCCACCAAGUGGGAAAGAUGCCAGAGUCAUAAUGCCACGCCAAGUUCUCUUCUACUCCAAGCUCCAUCUUCUACCGCUAGUCACAGCUUAACAGCAAACACUUAUACCUCCAGUACAAGCCUGAUGGUCAAAAAAACUGAAAUUACCACUUAUUCCAGGGCAGAAACUUUUCCACUGGAUGAUCGUUUUGCUAAGAGGACAAGCAUAACUUCAGUAAGCACUAGGUCAAUCACCAGCUCAGACAAAAAGACUGUACCCUCAACUUUGAUUUCCAAGUCUGCUGAGGUAUUAUCCCACAUGCCCACUCCUCCUCAUCUAAACAGCAGUAAACACUUAAAUGAAACCAAAGGCUAUAGUGGUAGGAAUUAUACUUCAGAUAAUGAGGCACCUGCAUGGGAAGCUGCAGCUUUGGGGGUCUCGUUGAUUCCUGUUGUUCUUUGCUCUUCUCUCAUCUUCCUUUGCUGUUGUACUGUUGCUUUCACAGCAGGGCGUUGCAGAAAUAGGAAAGGUCAGUAUAAGCCCAUAAGGAGAAGAAGAACAGUGUUGAGACAAUUCAUAAAAUACACUACUGUUAAAGAUAAUUUGUAAAAUAUUGUCACCAUCCUUGUUUCGGAACAAACAGCUUUUUAAAAAUGAGUUAUAUAUACCAGCUCGUUUCUUUUAUAGAAUCAAAGAUAAUUUUUUCACUGAUGGUUUCAGAAUCUUUCAAUUUUAAUUUAAUUCUCAACAGAUGAAACACAAUUCCCCUCUUUGGGUAAGAAGUACACACUUAUAGCUCCCACUGCAUGCUUAGAGGUGUUAGAGCACAUUUUGGUUCAUAAUCUGACCCAGACUAAUGCCUAACAAACAGUAUACACUUCCCCUAAUUUAAGAGCAGAUUCACUGCAGCUGUACAUAUUCUUUCCUGGCUUUGAACUCACUUGAGAAAAUUAAGUGUAAGUGCAAUCAGUAAAACUGACUGAAAGUUUAGAGUAUCAUAAAAGCAUUUAACUCUAAUCAUCCUUUAAUUGCCUCAGAUGUAGUUGUUUCCAUAAAAACUGACGUUUUUCCCCAUUUAUCCCUAAUACUGAGACAAAACAAUUUUGCCAGCACUCUUUACUUCUUCAAAGAAAAACACCAAAACCAACCCAAGUCGCCAAAACUGCUGAAUUCCACUAACUCAUACCCAAAUUUCUGAUCAUUCAAUCUUUAUGCUUUACUUUCCCCCCACUUCUCACUUCACUUUUCCAAUAACAAUAAUUUCAAAUGUUUUUCAAGCCCCUCCAGAAGCACCUUCAGACUUUGGCUGCUUUUGUAAACUUACUUGCUCUGCAAUGCAUUGACAAAUCCAUUCUGCUACUGGCUAAAGAAAACACAAACAUGGCUAACGUUUCUUCAUGCCUUGCAGUUAGCAUCGAUCUGCGUCGUCCACCUUGACUUGCUUUUUCUUGCCUACUCAUAUUUAUCCUUUACGUCAUCAGCUUUUUAAAAUUUGAACAGUCAUUUAAUGUAUGUUGCACAGGAAUAGACAAAAUGUUUUGAAAACUUUAGGAGUUAGCUUUAUAAUAAAAAAUCCUUUUCUUUGUUUCCUCAUCCUGUAUACUCUAUUCAUAAAAGUGCUCCGCCUGAACAUAAAUCAAGCCACUAGAUCAACAAGGUAACAAGGUAUGUCCUUGCCUUACCUUACUCAGGAAGUCUGCUUAGUAAAGCAAACAUUUUCAACAGUAACCGGGGUUGUUCUUCUUCUUUUAAACCUGUGGACGUCUCAAGAGUUUCUAGUUUUCUUCACUUGCUGUAAGAAGUUUCUAUCUCCCAGACAAGUGUAAAUGUUAUAAAAGGAAACAAUAACAAAUAAAACUGAU